CACACACACACACACACACAUACAUACACACACAUACACAGUCAAAUGUCAGGUCGCAGGGUUGGCUUCUGUCUCAGCGAUAAGAAACGCAGGAGGAUGAACCUUGACAUUUUUGCAGAGUUAUGUGCUGGCCACGGAAUCGAGGUGGUGGAGAUUGACCUCACUCAGCCGCUGGCACCUCAGGGGCCCUUUGAUGUCAUUGUUCACAAGCUUUCUGAUGUCAUUGUGGAAGCCACACAUGACAGCCAAUCACAGCAGCUCCUGUCUAACUUUCAAAAUUAUGUGUCAGCUCAUCCCAGUACAGUUCUACUGGACCCCCUUCCUGCCAUGACCCGGCUGCUAGACCGUUUUGUGUCCUAUGGGAUCAUGAGCAAACUGCACUAUUCACUCAGAGACUGGCGUAUCUGCAGUCCGGCCUAUCUCGAGGUCCACAGUGCCAGCGACAUGGCGUCCAUUCAGGAUGCCGUGGUGACCAAAGGCUUAAGCUUCCCUCUCAUUUGUAAAACCAGAGUGGCUCAUGGCUCACUUUCUCAUGAGAUGUCGCUGAUUUUCAGUGGAGGGAGUCUGUCUAAGAUCCAUCCACCCUGUGUGCUCCAAAGCUUUGUGAACCAUGGAGCUGUUCUACACAAGGUGUUUGUAGUGGGAGAUAAACACUUCUGCGUAGAGAGGCCCUCACUCAAGAACUUCCCCUCUGGUCCCUGUGACAAGAAGACGAUUUUCUUCAACAGCCACCAAGUGUCCAAACCAGAGUCCAGCUCUGAUCUCACAUCAAUGGACGAGCAGAUGCCAUGUCUUCCUCCUCCCAGUUCCGCGGCCUUGGCUGCUCUGGUCAAAGAGCUCCGGAUUCAGCUGGGAAUGGCCCUGUUCGGUAUCGACGUUAUCAUCAACAUACGCACCCACACUCUGACCGUUAUUGACAUCAACAUCUUUCCAGGUUAUGAAGGAGUGCCCCAGUUUUUCACCUCACUGCUGAGCUACAUCCAAUCUGUGCUGGACCAAAAGAAUUCUUUAGGCCCCAAACCCACUGGAUCUCCUCAAUCGACACAGACUACAGGUGGUUCGUCUGCUUCAACUGGCCAAUGAGCAGCUUCAGAAGCAGGCUGACGUUUGUGCAAUUUCAUCAGCUUCCCAGUACAAGAAAUUAUUUGAUUUGUGGGUAGAUUUUAAUAUUGCACACAUAGUGAUGGCAGAAAGACUUCUGGAUAUCUCAACCAAAUGAAGCAACUGGUUUAAAAAAAAAAUGACUGUUUUAAAACACUAAAAUAAAACAGUCACUCUUGAAAAACACUUUUAAAAAUACAAUAAAUAAAAAUAAAUAAACAAAUAUUCAGUGUUUGGAAUGCUUCAAAUUCUUAAUGGCCCAUUACUUUCAGGAAAAAAACAUUUACUGAUUUGAAAUGUGUAAACAGUAGCACUGAAUUAAGCAAUCACUUGAACAAAAUGAUUCAUUGUUUUUAAAUGCUCACAGCACUAUGAUGAUGAUAUCCAGUAGUCAUUGCCCUUCCGGAAACACUCAAAAACACUAAAUGAAAUAACUGAUUCAAAGUAUUGUUGUUUUGAAACACUGAAUGAGCUAAUUGCUUCAGAAAGGAUUCAGUGUUUCAUAAUUCUUGAAAUGCUAUGAUUGUGACACACUAAUGACUUGUUUAGAAACCGUAAGUGAGCCAGUUGCUUUAAAAAGGAUUCAUUGUUUCGUAUUGCUCAAAACACUGUGAUGGCAACAUGGUACUGAAUGGUUUUGAAACACUGAGUCAAACUGAUUCAGAAAAGAUUCAGUAUUUCAUAAUGCUUGAAAUACUACUACGAUAAAUAUUUCUGAGGCACUGAAGGAGCAAAUUGUUUCAGAAAGGAUUCAAAAAUUUCAUAAUGAUUGAAGCACUACGAUGGUGACACAGUAAUGAAUUCUUCUGUAUGCGCAUGUCAACAAACCAGUGAGAUGUGACACAAUUUAUUACACUUUCCAUUUAUUGAUUGACAGGUAGCAUAAAGGUAUACCAGGCACAAAAAUACAGCACUCUGAUUGGCCAAUACUACAAAUGGGAUUGUAAUUUUUUUUUUCCUGAUGGUCAACAAGUCCCCUAUGCCUGU